AUGAGCACGUCCGCCUCCCCCGCGGCCAUGCUCCUCCGGAGGCUGAGGCGGCUCUCCUGGGGCAGCACGGCCGUCCAGCUCUUCCUCCUGACCGUGGUGACGUUUGGCCUGCUGGCCCCCCUGGCCUGCCACCGGCUUCUCCACUCCUACUUCUACCUUCGCCACUGGCACCUGAACCAGAUGAGCCAAGAUUACCUGCAGCAGAGCCUGAAGGAGGGCGAGGCCGCCCUCCACUACUUCGAGGAGCUGCCCUCCGCCAACGGCUCGGUGCCCAUCGUGUGGCAGGCCACCCCCCGGCCCUGGCUGGUCAUCACCAUCGUCACGGUGGACAGGCAGCCCGGCUUCCACUACGUCCUGCAGGUGGUGUCCCGGUUCCACCGGCUCCUCCAGCAGUGCGGCCCCCCGUGCGAGGGCCACCAGCUCUUCCUGUGCAACGUGGAGCGCAGCGUGAGCCACGGGGACGCCAAGCUGCUGUCCAGGUACGUGCCCGUGGCCAACCGCUACGAGGGCACCGAGGACGACUACGGGGACGACCCGUCCACCAACUCGUUCGAGAAGGAGAAGCAGGACUACGUCUACUGCCUGGAGUCCUCCCUGCAGACCUACAACCCGGACUACGUCCUGAUGGUGGAGGACGACGCCAUCCCCGAGGAGCAGAUCUUCCCCGUGCUGGAGCACCUCCUGCGGGCCCGCCUCUCCGAGCCCCACCUCCGAGACGCCCUGUACCUGAAGCUCUACCACCCCGAGAGGCUGCAGCACUACAUCAACCCGGAGCCCAUGCGGAUCCUGGAGUGGGUCGGCGUGGGCAUGGUGCUGGGGCCCCUGCUCACCUGGCUGUACAUGCGGUUCGCCAGCCGCCCGGGCUUCAGCUGGCCCGUCCUGCUCUUCUUCUCGCUCUACAGCAUGGGGCUGGUGGAGCUGGUGGGCAGGCACUACUUCCUGGAGCUGCGGCGGCUGAGCCCGUCCCUCUACAGCGUGGUCCCCGCCUCGCAGUGCUGCACCCCGGCCAUGCUCUUCCCGGCCCCCGCGGCCCGCCGCGCCCUCACCUACCUGUCCCAGGUGUACUGCCACCAGGGCUUCGGCAAGGACAUGGCCCUGUUCUCGCUGCUGCGGGCCAAGGGGGAGCGGGCCUACGUGGUGGAGCCCAACCUCGUGAAGCACAUCGGGCUCUUCUCCAGCCUCCGGUACAACUUCCACCCCAGCCUGCUCUAG